GGCACGGCAGAGCGAGAGGGCGGCGGGGCGCGGGGCUGUCAGUCAUGCCCGGGCUGUGGGAGCGACUGGGGGACGGCGAGCGGGGCAGCCUGGAGAGCUCCGACUGCGAGUCGUUGGGCAGCGCCUCCGGCUCGGAGGGAGACCCCGAGCGGACCUCCCUGCCGGACCUGGAGCUGCUGCACGACCCCGAGGACGAGCUGCUGAGCGCCCGGCUGCUGGAGCUGGUGCAGGCCGCGCUGGGCAGCGCCCCGCUGGGCUCCCGCCGCCGCUCGCGCCUCCUGAUGCCGGCCCAGCUGGCCGCCCAGCUGCGGAGCGAGCUGCUGCGCCUGGCCUGCAGCGAACCCUGCGGGCUGCGGGGGGCCCUCCUCGACCUCUGCGUGGAGCACGGCAAGGCCUGCCACGACGUGGGGCGCAUCGCCGCCGACCCCGCCGUGGUGCCCACCUUCCAGCUGACCCUGGUGCUGCGGCUGGACUCCCGCCUGUGGCCCAAGAUCCAGGGGCUCCUCGCCUCGGCGCCCGCCCUCAGCCCGGCUUUCGGCCAGUCCCUGAAGCUCAGCACGGGCUUCAGGGUGAUGAAGAAGAAGCUGUACAGCUCCGAGCAGCUGCUGGUCGAGGAGUGCUGACGGGAGAGCGCUGCUGGCCUGGAAAGCGAGGCGACCCGCGGUGCCCGCCCUACUGGGGAGGCCCACGAUGUCAGCGCGGCCCCGCCGGCGGCCCCCGAGCUCUGUGGCCCACGAGGAGGGUGGCGGCCCGGCAGCGGGGCUGCUGUGGGGGCAGGCGGUCUCCUGCUGAUCGGUUCUUUUUUUGUAGCGAUGAUUGUAAUCAAUGGGGUUUGUGGGGGAGGGUGUGCGCGCGUGUGUGUGUGUGUGUGGGAGCGAGCGACGGCCGAGCUGAGCCCGGAUCACAAGAAACCCCACUGCUGACAUCUGCCAGCUGCGUCCUGGUGUGGCGGCGGGGGUCCGAAAUCACGUGUGUCUUUGUCACGGGGAGAAGCCUGGUGUGUGAGUGGCACGGGGACGGAGGGCGGGACCCCUCCCCGAUACGGCCCGUGUGCUUCAUUGAUUACAGUUACACUCAUACACUUGAUGUUCAAGUGCAAGACUUCCUAUGCAAUUGUGUCGUUUUUUUUUACUUUUCUAAUAAAAGCUGACUCAUUGGUA